AAUUUGCACUUACUGCACGCUGAUACGCCUUGCUAAGUUGGUUGGCUUGCGUCGCCUAUGACUUAGCCGUCAUCGAUAGCGUAUCACAGCAUAAUGGAACCCUUAGAGGAUGUUACCGCAUGCCCCAGCGGCAACGUGACGAACAUCGACGAUGUCAAUGCAAUGGUGCAGGCUGCGCGAGACGCCCUCGCGCCGUGCAGUCAGCCUAAUACGUGUUACAAGGCAGCUAACCAGUCAUUGGGGGCGAUGUUACAGUCAAGCAUAGUAACAGCGGCCGCGACGGCCUCUCCACCGGCGUUUGGCAGCGACAGUGCAACACCCGACCAAGGCACCGCUGCUCCUCCACGCGCGUCACCGGAUGCGUUGUCGCCCGGCGCUUCGGAUCCUCCUGCUGCCCUUUCUCCCGACAGCUCCGACCCCGAGGCAGCCGAGGCACCGCCACCGGCCUUACACGGCAACACUGCACCGGCUGCUACCUCGGCGCGCAAGCGCCAGGCCAACAGCUCCCAUACCGGCGGCGACGGAGCAGGUGCGGAGCCCAGCCCAUCGUGCGAUGCAGCCAGUAAAGGGCGGGACCCCAAGCGGCGUCAUGAAGCCGACUCGCUAGCGGGCAGCAGCAGCAGACGUGCCAACGCAGCAGCCUCUGAGGCCGCCGCUCGUCCGCUGCGGGCGCCCGCGGCUGCGACUGCUGCUGUUACUCCUGUUGAAGAGCACGCCGCGGCUGCGGGCGGGGCGGUCGCGGCGAUUGUGCCGCAGCAGGAAACGACGCUGGUAGCAACAAGGCCUCCAGCCAUGCGGGCCGGAGGCUCUGCAGGAGGGUGGCAGCGUUUGGGCCCGGCAGGAACUGUGGCGGCGCCGCCGAUGGCAGGGGCAGCUGCAGCAGCUACAGCAGCAGCAGCAGCAGCAGCAGCAGCAGCUACUGAGGUGGCGGCUGCAGGAGAGCAGAAGGCUGGGGUGCUUGCUGCGGCGGCACCAGGCAGCGGCGGGGUCACACAGCUGGAGCCGCUGAAGGCGGCUGGCCCGGUUGCCAAGCCGGCGGCGGGUGUGGCGGCGGCGGCGGCUGCAGCGCCGGCAGCGAGUGUAGCGGCGGCGACGGUGGAUGCGACAGCGGUGGAUGGGACAGCGGCGGCGGCGGCGGGUGUGGUGGCGGCGGCGGUGGCGGUGGAGGAGAAGGCGGCAAUGGAGGAGCAAGCGGCGAUGGACGAGCAGGCGGCGGCGGAGGAGGAGGAGGCGGCGGUGCAGGAGCACACGCAGCCGCCAUCACCAACAGCAUCUGCGGGGUCGCGGCGGCUGGCGCAGCAGCCGGUGGAGCAUGGCGGCUCGCAUCAGCAGUCGCGGCUGCCAGGCGCCGGCGGCGGCGGCAGCAGGGCCACAGGGGCUCGGGCGCAGCAGCCAGCAGCGGCAGGGGCAGCAGCAGGGGCGGCAGCAGCGGCAGGGGCGGCAGCAGCGGCACAGGCGGCAGCAGGGGCGGCACAGGCGGCAGGGGCAGAAGGGGCUCCUUGUCCGGAUACGGCUGCUGAUGCGGAUGCGGAUGCGGAUGCGGAUGCGGAUACGGCUGCGGAUGCGGAUGCUGAAGGCGAUCCGGCCGCCGGCGGCGCAGGGGCUCCCACAGCAGCAGGGGCUCCCACAGCAGCAGGGGCUCCCACAGCAGCAGGGGCUCCCACAGCAGGGGCUCCCACAGCAGCAGGGGCUCCGACCGAGCCUCAGCUCGCGGGCCCGGAUGUGCAGGUGCCCGCGGGUGUGCGGCGGGACCUGGGGCCGUGGCGCGUGGGGGGCAGGUUCGUGAUGCACCCGCAGCUGGGGGCGGGGCCGCAGCUGGUAGUGCUGGUCGGCACAGUGCUGCGGGAGGGGGCGAUCGCACAGGGUGGUGUCCUGGGCAGGCGGUAUGGACACCACUGCAACCACUUCUUCCGCAUCCUGGCGGACCCACAAGGCCGCCUGAGGCCGCCGGGCUGCGCAUCGUACGACCGGGCGGUGGCUGCGAGGUGCUCGCAGGCGUUGACGGAGGCGGCCGGCGUGGGGUUUGUCGAGAUGUGCGGAGUCAUGAGUGCGAAGCCCACGGGCGCGGAUCUCAAGAAAGCGGCGCCCGAGCUCGUAACCGCACUUCGUGUCGACAUUGCGAAUAAGUCUGCCGGCAUUGACGGGUGCAGCUGCGGCAAGUGCGGCGCCCCCGCGUUCAUUUGCUUUGACGGCAAGAUAACCGCCACCGCAUUCCACAACGCGCUUACGGGUGCCGACGACAGAAUCGACUACGGGCGGUGGCCUCGGGAGGCGCUACCGGAGGCGCUGCGGGCCAUUCUGCCGCCCAGCACGCAGGUGUGGGUGCUGUCCCCCACAUCCAACGGGCAGCAGACAAAUGAGCAGCGCUACGAGACGUGGCGGGCACUUGCAGCGGAGGCGCGAGCACUGCCCUGGCCGCGCCAGCCAGGACCCUGCCCAGGGCCCGCUGCGGGCGCGGGCGCCGUGGCCGCUGCGGGCGGGGGCGCUGGUGCGGGUGCGGGCGCGGCGGCCGCGGGUGCGGCGGGCGCGGGUGCGGGCGCGGGUGCGGCGGGCGCGGGGGCGGCAGCGGCGGUGUCAGGCGGUGGGGUGGGAGGGCUGGCGGCGGACGCAGCUGUGCACGCGACUGCAGCGGGCGGAAGCUCAGGGGGCGUUGCUGUUGGCGGGAGCGCUCAGGGGCCGGGCGGCAGCGGCAGUGGCGGUGGCGUUGGGGGUGGCAAUGCCACUGGUGAGCAGGACACAAGCAUUCAGGCGUGGGAGCGCAGACGCCGGGUCCAGAAGCAGAAACGCAAGGCCGCCAGGGUCGCUGCGGCAGCAGCAGCGGAGGCAACGGAGGCCGCGGCAGCGGAGGCAGCGGUAGCGGAUCUAGCACCGCAAGCAGCAGCAGCGGAGACAGCGGUAGCGGGGACAGCAGCAGCUGAGGCAGAGGCACCGGAGCAGCGGCAGUGGAGGCAACGCCGCAAGCAGCAGCGGCGGAGGCAAGAGAGGGAGAGCCGGCUGCAGCCGGGCCGGCCGAAGUGGCGGAGCCGGCGCCGAAGCGGCGGCGGAGGAAGGCGGGGGCAAAAGGCAGCGGCAGCGGCGGACGGGGCGGGGGGCGGCUCAGUGGCAGCGACUGCUGGGGGUCCUAGUUCCGGGCCCGUUGACACCACCGCCGCGGCACAAGCGCUGGGCUCACAGUCGCAGUCGCGGGCGCUGGUUGUUGCUGCUGGUGACGAGCGGUCCGCUCCUGAUGCGCACGCGCUGACAGCGGAUGACAUGGCGGCUCGGCUGGCGGCCGCCGCGGCUGAGAUGCAGGCCGCAGCGGCGGAGCUGCGUGAAGCCACGUCGGAAGCGGUGGCGGUGUCGGACGAGGCAGUGGCGGUAUCUGAGGCGGUGGCGGCGGCCAGGCAGGCGACGGCGCAGGAGCUGCGCGCGACGGAGGCGGUUGGGCGCAUGCGCAUGCCUCCUCCGGGCGUGGCGGAGGCGGCGGCGCGCGCGGUGCGGGAGGCGCAGGCAAGGCAGGCGGCCCUGGAGGCGGCGGCGGCGGAGGCAUCUGACAAGCUGCAUGCAGCGCAGGCAAGGACAAGGGAAGCCCAGUCGCGUGCGACCGCACUAAUGCAGUUGAGAGGGCUGAUGCCGGGCCCUGCGCCGCUUGGCACCACCGCACAAUCGCCGCAGCAGCUGCUACUGCGGCUGCAGCAGGCAGGGCCCGCCGCCUCUGCGCCUGCGACUGCGGCGGCUGCUGCCGCCGCUGGCGCAGCGGCGGCGGGCACAGCGGCUGACACGGCGGCGGCCUCUCGGCUGCGUCCUCCUGAGGGCGGCGCAGCGGGAGGCGGGCUUGCCGGCACUGCGGCGUCCGCGCCAGGAACUGCGACAGCGAAAGCGCAGGAGGGGCAGCCGAAGCAGGGGAGGCACAAGCGGGGCAGGGCAGACGCCUUUGCUGCCGCGGCGGGGGCGGUUGCUGCGGACGAUGCGGCGGCCAUCGACCUCACGGAUGAAUGAUCUGGGCUAUGGGCGGAUCAAACAACAAGUCAAGAAUAGGAAUGAAUGUUGGAAAUGCUAGGAACACAAUCAGGAUGGCGGGGAUGGACACGCUUUGGAUGGGGCUGAUGUAUGGCUGGAGAGGAGAUGCAUGCAGUGCGGCGGCUGACUGCGGCGUUGACGUUGUGCGCUGCGGGUGCCCAGUAGCCACGAAACGGCGAGACGUUACCGGUAUUGGUGCGGGAUGGGUGGCGUGGGUGAUGCGUGUGUGAUGGGACAGUGUUAAGGCAGGUUGGUGAAGUCAGGGUGGCGUGGGUGAUGCGAGUGAGCGUGCACGCGCGUUGGUGGAUGCGUGGGUGGAUGGAUGCAUACAGCGGUGGACGAUGCAGCCCGCUCCUCAAUGUGGCGGCUAGGGGCUCCGCUGCGUCUGUCUGCACAGCUUGGUUUCACACAUGCAUCAUAAGCCAUGGCCACCUCGUGUACGCGGUCCUCACCAUAAGGCGCAGGAACGCCGUACAAGGAUUUGAUGACGAGCUGCGGCUACCCUUAAGAGUAUGUGGGACUUACGCGCCCUUUGGCCUUCCUCCCACACCAUAACACCCGCCGGCGUCUCCAAUCCAACAUGUAGUUCCGUACGGAGGUGUGCAAUGUUUGGCGCCGUCGCCGCAAAUACAUUCUUUGGUAC